CCCCCCGUGCUCUCUUCUUCCCCACCUCAUAUUUAUAUCUUCUUCUGCCCUCCUCAAAUUUUAUUACCUCUUCAAACCAUAACCAUGGCCGCAGGCUUCGCUUCCUUCACUGUCUUCUUUUGCCUCCUUUAUUUCUCUACGCUUUCGACGGCCGUUGAUCUGCCCGCAGUUGAUCAAACCAAGCAUGAUCCGUUCCCUGAAUCACACAAAAAUUCCGAUGAGGUCAACGCGAUCUCCCUACCCAGCGAAAGAUCCGAAUCUGAAUCCGCAACGGUGAUCCGGUCGCAGCCUGAGAUUUCUAAUUCUAAGAUUUCCGAAGCUGAGUCGGAAGUGGAAACUUUUAAGCUAACAGAAUCAUCCGAAGCUUCUGACUCCGUUCCUAUCACGACGAUCACUUUCCGCCCCCUCAACCGCCAUAUGCCCUGGCGUCCGAUGCCGUUUCCCUUCCACCACGGCCACCGUUGCCGCCACAACCAUAAAUUCAAGCCGUGGAAUCCGCGCAUACCCCACCACCAGAUCCCGUACGGCAACGACAUGAUCCUGAGCAACGGCGAGGAAAAGGACUCCGAUGUGCUUCCUGACGAUCGAGUGCCUAAGAUCCCGACGAGAUGGACGAGGUUUGGCCGCUUUGAAUCAAGGUUCACCGACGAACCUGUUAUGGAGACGAGUGAGGAGGUAAUGAUGAGGCCUCGUCACCAUCACCAUGACCACGAACACGAACACGAUCACGAUCACCACCAUGACCACGACCACGAACACGAUCACGAUCACCACCAUGACCACGACCACGAACAUGAUCACGAACACGAUCACCACCACAACCAGUUUUACGAAAGAGAUCAUGAGCAUGGGGCCUUGAUGAAGAGUAUCCGCAAGUUUUUGCAGCACUUCUGACUUUGAUGCCAGUGGAUACACAGUGAUAGUAAUUACGCGAAUAAUUUAUGUUGUUACCUGUUGUUGUAUUGCUAGUUAGUUAUAUUUAGUUAGUUAUAUUACAGUCUAUAUCCUGUAAAUAAGUUUGCAUCCGCGAGAGAUGUAGAAGCAUGCAUGUGUAUUUUGCCUGCGCAGAUGGACAGCCAGAUGUGUUUUUCCGUACACUAUCGAUAUACAUAUAAUAGAUGUUUGAAUA